AUGUCUUUCACCACCUACGUCGCUGCCCUCCUCGUCCUCGUCGCCCCCGCCGCCUUCGCUGCCCCUGCCGCCGCUGCUGAGCCUACCCUUGAGGGCCAGAACUUCGGUGCCCCCGGUGGUGCAGGGUCUGAGACCGCGCUCAUCGGGGAUACGACUGAAGACCAUGAGCGCGAAUUUAUAGAACGGGUGUUUCCCGACGAAGAAUUGAUAGUCAAGCGAGACGGCAGUAUCGUGCGCGAGCCUCAGACGGUGCUGGACGAUGACCUCAAACCCGAUGCCAGCUUUACCCCAGACGAUUGGUACCUGUUCCAAUUUAUCAAAGAUCACAAUCCUUCUCAUGUCAGACAUUCGCCCGGCCAUCUUAGAACGCGCUUCGGGCUCUCACUCUACUUCAACUGGAACGUGAUGACUCAUCUCAGCCGAUGGAUAGCCGCAAAGGAACAUUGGGUCAGUGAUGUUGGGAGUAGUCACUGGAGUUUAGGACCGGAUGAGACGCUUGGAUCGGCUGAUUGGCUGUGCAAACGUGCGUUUGGUGUGCUUCGAGGCGAAUGUGAGGUGAAACAAGGGGUCAUGUGGAAAAGACUUUCGAGGCAUUCCUUCCUCAAGACCAAGAUGAGCUGGUCUUCCCCAUCCGGGGCUGGGAAUGGCGAGACCCACCCGGCGCUUCCGUGUAUCCCACCAUCAAAUCACUCUUUCGCCAAUCCCUUCGGCACCCUUUCGCAUCUCGCUUUCGAACAUCUUCAGGUCGGUACUAUAGUCAAAGAACUCGAAAUGGACACUACACUCUGCCAGGUUCUUACCCCGUCCGGAUAUGCCCCAGUGACCCUUGGCCUAUGGAGAGGAUUCUGGGUGAACCCGGAGGAUGUCAGCUAUGACAAGAAUGGAAAGGCAAGGGGCUGGUUGAUGUACGUGUCGAUUCAAGAGGACAUGAGGCGCGGUGGAGAAUGGAAGGCUGUGGGCUGCUGGAGCGAUGUCGCCUCCGAGACCCGCGAGGGAGUCGUUGAGUGGUUAAAGACUGUCCAUGAGAUGGGUUACACCAAUGGCGAUUUCGAGCCAAGACACCUCUAUGUGGCAAAAGGCGGCAGUGGAUGGAAAAUCAUUGAUUGGGGCAAAGGGCGGGAUCGCUCUGUUGAUGAAGACAGCCUAUGGAAGGAGCAGAUGGGGGACGAGACUUAUGAUCUGCGUCACAUUUCUUAUGCCACCUUUUCCCGUUAG